CACACACACACACACACACACACACACACACACACACACCCUGAACGGUUGUCAUGGCAUGCAAGUUCUUAACAAUGCCUCUGAAAUUCUAGUAACAGCAGAAAUAUGGUGCAACGCCGUAAACAACGAUGUCAAUGGAAAUCAAAUGGUGGAUGCAGAUCUCUUCGUUCAUGUAUCGUAUUCAUCAUUUUGCCAAUCCUGUUCCUGUGUUACUACAUUCUCGGCAAAGAAAUCUCAGAAACCUGGAUGUCAACUGUUGGACUAUUUCUUCCAGACCCUUUUACCAAUAAGUCAUAUUAUGUGGCUUACCCACACAAGUAUAGUUUUAUUAUGAAUGAGCCAGAGAAGUGCCAGAAAGAAAAAGCUUUUGUGGUAUUGAUGAUACCAGUAGCUCCAAGCAAUACGGCUGCUCGGGAAGCCGUCCGUUCAACGUGGGGUACAGAGAGGAUAGUGGGGGACAAGAGAGUGAUUGCAUUAUUUCUGUUAGGUCUGCCCAUUUCACAAGACAAUAGAAAGCUUCAAGAAGAUUUGUUGCAGGAAAGCGAGAAGUAUCAUGACCUUUUACAAAGUGAUUUCUGGGACAGUUACUACAAUCUCACCAUUAAGACAAUUGUAAUGCUAGAAUGGUUGUCUACUUAUUGUCAGAAUGCAACCUACGCAAUGAAGGUAGACUCGGAUGUGUUUCUCAAUGUGAAAAACUUAGUGAAUAUGCUUCUGUCGGCACCAAAGCAGAACUAUAUGACUGGAUGUGUGUCCAGGACUGCACUGGUAACGAGAAACCCCCGUUCUAAGUGGUAUCUUCCAAAAAGUGUUUAUUCCUCAUUUCUAUAUCCACCCUAUGCGUUGGGCUUUGGAUAUGUGUUCUCUUUAGACCUGGCUAGAAAACUUGUUGAAGCAGCCCAACUUGUCAAACCGGUUUACAUAGAGGAUGUGUUUUUAGGUCUUUGCAUGAAGCAUUUAGGAACCGCUCUGACGGACCCACCCGAAAAAGGCCUAUUCAAUAUCUUCCCUGUCAAAUACAACCUCUGUCGCUAUUCAAAACUCAUUGUCACAACGACACAAAGCUUGAAAGACCAAGUUGAGUUUUGGAGGGAUUUACAGACACCUGGUCCAUAUUGCUAACAUCAAAAAGCUGAUUUUUUUUUUAUUUUACAGUAUUUUUUUGUUACUGUGCUGUUAACUAUGUAUUUGUGUAUAAUAACUGUUAAUGGUUAAUAUAAUCAGUUUUUAUUAAAAUACAUUUUUCAAUAUUUUGGCAUAAA